CCAGACCGUCCCUAUCCCUAGAAGCCGCGUCGGCUCAGCAGCCACGCAGCCCAAAGCACGGAGCCACGGGCACAGGCACAGGCACGAGCAACCUCCACUUCACCGCCCCCCGUGGAACUGCCACGAUAUUAUUUACUCCCUGGACUCUCCUUUUCAACUCUCUCAUCCCUCUCAAUUCACCCCUCGCCGCCAUGACGACCCGCCACCCGGAGUCCACCGAGGACUUCGAGUUCAUUCAGACUCCGGAAGCUCCGCAACAGUCCAAGCCCGCCUUUGAUUGUGGUGUUCCGACCACGCUGUAUCCGGCCAUCAAGAAUGCCCCCGUCCCUGCCGACUCGCCCGGUAGCGACAGCUUCUCCAAUGGCUUGAUGAUCUUCCUGAUGAUCGUGGUGCCGUGGUACCUGGCCCGCCAAGUUGGUGGUGGCUUCUACACCACCAUCUUCUUCGCUAUCUUCACCACUGUCCCCGUCCUGGUGGCCUUCUGGUCCAUCUCUUCCUCUAUCUCCCCCCGCAAGACCGAGAAGGCCAAGUACUGCGGCCGCCCCGUCGAGUACUACCUGGACUUCCACAGCGAGCAUGACCGUGCCACCUACCGCGGCAAGAGCAAGAUCCCCAUGGAGGUCUUCUACGAGAAGUAUUUCAACGGCGAGGUCGACUUCAAGGGUGAUGCUCUGGAGGCUCUCGAGUACCGUCACGAUUGGGCCAACUUCAAGUUCACUACGGGUCUCUUCAAGCACUUCCUGUUUGGCUUCAUCCCUGAGAUGCUGAUGCACACUCGUUCCCAGGACGAGGAGCAGGUACGUGAUCACUACGACCGCGGUGACGACUUCUACGCUUGGUUCCUUGGUCCCCGCAUGAUCUACACUUCCGGUAUUAUCAGCGACAUCAACAAGGAGGAGACUCUGGAGGAGCUGCAGGACAACAAGCUGGCCGUCGUCUGUGAGAAGAUCGGCAUCCAGCCCGGUGACAAGAUGCUUGACCUUGGCUGUGGCUGGGGUACCCUCGCCAAGUACGCCUCUGUUCACUACGGUGCUCAGGUCACCGGUAUUACCCUUGGUCGUAACCAGACUGCUUGGGGUAACAACGGUCUCCGCAAGGCUGGCAUUGAGGAGUCUCAGAGCCGCAUCGUCUGCUCCGACUACCGUGAUUCUCCCCGCGUUGAGGGUGGCUACCAGAAGAUUACCUGCCUGGAAAUGGCCGAGCACGUCGGUGUCCGCCACUUCUCUACCUUCUUGUCCCAGGUCUACGACAUGCUCGAAGACGAUGGUGUCUUCUUCCUGCAGAUCGCUGGUCUCCGCAAGUCUUGGCAGUACGAGGACCUCAUCUGGGGUCUGUUCAUGAACAAGUACAUCUUCCCCGGUGCCGAUGCCUCUACUCCUCUUGGCUUCGUGGUUGACCGCCUUGAGGGUGCCGGCUUCGAGAUCAAGGCCGUUGAUACCAUCGGUGUCCACUACUCUGCCACCCUCUGGCGCUGGUACCGGAACUGGAUGGGUAACAAGGACAAGGUUGAGGCUAAGUACGGCAAGAGAUGGUUCCGCAUCUGGGAGUACUUCCUUGCUUCUUCCACCAUCACCUCCCGCCAGGGUGGUGCCACCUGCUGGCAGCUCACCCUCGUCAAGAACAUCAACUCUACCCACCGUGUUGAUGGUAUCAAGACCCAGUUUGGUCUUACCGGUGCCCGCGAGGCCGCCAUCGAGCGUGCCAACGGCACCCUCCCCAAGGCCCACGUCAUUAAGAAGGACCUGUAAAGGCUCGAUCCGCUUGGCAUCUCUUUCCCUCCGAGCUUCAACCCACUCGCGGUGGAUCACUGGAGCUUCCAAGGAACGCGGUGUAUCGGAAAUGAUGCGGUGUGCCCUAUUAAUUACACAGCCUGGCUGUGAACAUAAAACUUAUCAGGUCACGCCCGCUACGAGUAUGAUUCGAAGAGAAUAGAUCGACGAACAAAAGCGUUGAAGAUGAAUGUAAGAGGGGGUUUGGUAAAUGGUCGAGAUCGGAGUAUGGUUGAGCCGGAUCGAUCCCGAUAUGUGAUAUAUGCUUAUGCCCCGGCGGUGGCCUGUAUCUGGUCUGGAUUAGAUACUCAUGUCAUGUUAUGGAAUUGUCAUAGACCUUAGCUUGUAUUGAUCAUCUCAAAACAUGCAUAGCUAAUGACAUCUUACGUAUGAAGACACGCAUGCGUGACUCGUGCACUCUCAUGCCCAAAAUGUUGG